UAUAUACGCGCAGAGGAGACCCUUACAGUUAGCAAAGUAGCUAACUUAAUUACUAAAAAGGAGGGUAGGGGUUAUAGUAAGGGUAAGAUGCCUGUAAAGAGGGUGCGUGUUAGACAACACUGUAGGCGUUGUAGUAAGAUUAGACAUAAUUCCUGCACUUGCAAGGUAGAAAUAGAGGAUGUAGAUAAUAUUAAAGCUUCUAAAUAA